AUGCCUUGAAUAUAUGAAUGUUUCUCCAAGAAGAAAAGGAUGGAGAUUUCAAACACCUUCCCGAAACUUUUAUUACAAACUCCAUAUUAAUCCUACCUCCAGCAAAGUAGAGGUUUACCUAGAACAUUCCUCAGGGAGGAAGGUCAUCUACGCUUCAUCAUCAGAGUGGGCGAUAAGGCAGUUCUUAUACAGUGCCAGAGAUGUGUCAGCGGCUGUCAAUACCGGUCGUGUGUUUGCCGAUCGCUGUCAGAAAGCCGGCAUUGUCAACGUGUAUUAUGACCCAGUCUCAGAAGGUCAUGGAGGGGAUAAGGUUAAAGCAGUGCUGAAUGCUUUGGAAGAGUCUGGCAUUAAAAUUGGAGAAGAGGAGGUCAUCGAGGGAGAAUUUAAACCUGGAAUCAAAUAUGACGGCAAAAACCGAAUCGGAUAGAAGAAACGGCCGUAUGACAUACAGAUUGUAUAA